UCCGACCAUGAGGAGUGUGUGUGUGCUGCUGCUGCUGCUGGCUGUUGGACACAGUGUGAAGUGUGAGACACUGACACAGCCAGACUCUGUGACUGUGCAGCCAGGACACACUCUCACCAUCUCCUGUACUGUCUCGUACAGUGUUAACAACUUCCACACACACUGGAUCAGACAGCCUGCUGGGAAAGGCCUGGAUUGGAUUGGAGGUCACCGUGCAGGAUAUGAUAUGUACCUCAAAGAUUCUCUGAAGAACAAGUUCAGUGUAAAUUUAGACACUUCCAGAAACACAGUGACUCUGCAUGGACAGAACAUGCAGCCUGGAGACACUGCAGUGUACUACUGUGCCAGACAGACACAGUCAAACAAAAUCUUACAGUCCAUUCCCUCUUCUCCGGUGCUCAAAACCCCUCAGGAGUCUCUCAAUCUUUCCUGCAGUGGAGCCGGGUUUAACUUUAGUAGCUUCGGGAUGCACUGGAUCGGACAAGCUAAAGGAAAAGGGUUGGAAUGGCUGGGGGUCAUUUAUUACGAUGCAAGUAAGACGAUCUAUGCAAGCAGUUUUCAAGGGUGCACAGAAAUCAGCAGAGACCAUGGCAAAAGCUUGGUGUUUCUCAGACUGUCCAACCUGCAGCCUGAGGACUCUGCUGUGUACUACUGUGCUGGAUACACAGGCUGUGACUCAAUUUGA